CUCUAGGGAGCCCCGGGACCAUGAAGGGCUUAGGAGAUAACAGAAGCCGCCACCUCUCCGAUAAUCUGGACUCCCCUCAGGACUCUCUUUAUGCCCCUCAGGACAGGAAUCCUUAUCUCCUCAGCCCCACGGACUCCUACACCAUGGAUCCCCGGUUCCCAGCCCAGAACACCCUCCACGGUGACUGCCUCCUUCCACUUAACAACCAGAUCUCCAACAGCAGCACUUUCCCCCGCAUCCAUUACAACUCCCACUUUGAGGUCCCAGAUGACAACCCUUUUCCGAGCCAUGCCCAAGCCACUAAGAUAAACCGCCUGCCUGCAAAUCUUCUUGACCAGUUUGAGAAGCAGCUGCCCAUCCACAGAGAUGGCUUCAGCACCCUCCAGUUUCAGAGGAGCGAUGCAAAGCACCGGAGUGAGAGCCCAGGGCGGAUCCGACACCUUGUCCACUCUGUCCAGAAGCUAUUUGCCAAAUCUCAGUCUCUGGAGGGCCCCACCAAAGGCAACGUGAAUGGAAAGAAAGGGGCUGAUGACCCCAAGCAGAAUCGGAGGAGCAAGAGCAAAGAUCGGGCAAAGACCUCUGAGCCCAAGCGUAGAACAAGAUCCAACAUAUCAGGUUGGUGGAGUUCAGAUGACAACUUAGACACUGAUACCUGCAGCUACCGCAACCCAAUGGGUCUCAUGACACUGGGCCGGCAGCCAGAUCACAGCCAGCCCAAGUACUUCAUGCAUGCUUACAACACCAUCAGCGAGCACAUGCUGAAAUCCUCCAAGAGCAAUAACGACCUCAAGGUCACCCCUUGCACCAAUAUCCCCAUCAACAAUGAGUCCAACUACAUCAAGAGGGGGUCCUGGUCUACCCUGACACUCAGCCAUGCCCGGGAAAUGUGCCAGAAGGCCUCAGCCACGAUCGACAAAGCCUUGCUGAAAUCCAAGUCCUGCCAUCAAGACUUGGCCUACCACUACCUGCAGGAUGUGCCAGCGUGCCCAGUAAGCCCCGCUCUGCACAGCUUCCCGGGAGUGCUGGUGCCUCAGGGGGAGUGGAACAACACGCUGUCUCGGGACAAAGACAGCGAGAUCCCGUGCCGGCGCAUGCGGAGCGGGAGCUACAUCAAAGCCAUGGGGGAUGACGAUAGUGAAGAUUCAGAAACCAGCCCCAAACCAUCCCCGAAAACUGCAGCUCGGAGGCAGAGUUACCUCAAGGCCACACAACAGUCCCUGAGUGAGCAGAGCACCACCCAAAGGAGUCUGGACCGUCUGGACUCUGUCGAGAUCCUCCUACCUCCAAAGUUCCCAACCUGGGAGGAAGAAUACAACCAGAUCUCCGACAGCGUCAAUGAGUCCGCUUGCAUCAGCCAGAUCUUUGGACCCCCCUCACUUAUCCCUCAGAUAUUUACCCAUGGAGAGCAGGCAGGAGAGCCAGAGCUGGGCGAGCAGUACGAGGCCGUGUGCGACUCUACGUACAGCGAGGCCGAAUCAGCCGCCGUGGAGGUGCUGGACCUGCCGCUGCCCAGCUACUUCCGCUCCCGGAGCCACAGCUACCUCCGCGCCAUCCAGGCCGGCUGCUCGCAGGAGGAGGACACGGGCUCCGUGCGCUCCAUCUCCCCGCCGCCCGCCGGCAGCCUCAGCGGCAGCAGGACCCUGCCCAGCAGCAGCAGUUCAUCAUGCCUAGUGGCAUAUAAAAAGACUCCACCUCCCGUGCCACCUCGGACCACGUCCAAGCCAUUCAUCUCUGUCACCGUGCAGAGCAGCACCGAGUCGGCACAGGACACCUACCUGGACAGCCAGGACCACAAGAGCGAGGUGACCAGCCAGUCAGGACUGAGCAACUCCUCGGACAGCUUGGACAGCACGCGGACGCCCAGCGUGACGAGAGGCAGUGUGGUUACUCCAGCCAGGGAGACUCCGGAGGCAUCCCAGAAAAAUGCAACUUUGAAAAGCGACAAAGGGACGCUGACUAGCGAGGAGCCUAAAGCGGAGAACGUCCCCAAAAGAAAGCUGUCGUCUAUAGGAAUACAAGUUGACUGCCUUCAGCCAGCGGCAAAAGAGGAGCCUCCUCCGCCAGCCACCAAAUUCCAGUCCAUCGGGGUGCAGGUAGAGGACGAGUGGCGAAACAGCCACUCUCGCAGCAUGUCCUCCAAACAGGACACAGACUCUGACACACAAGAACCUAAUAACUCGAGCUGUAAAUCAUCUGAGAGAAGCCUUGCUGAGUGCCCCCAACACAACAACUCCGUUGGUGUUGAUGCCAGUACCAGGCAACCAGCCAAGCCCUCGCAGAUUAAGAGAAACCUCUCCUAUGGAGACAACAGUGACCCGGCCCUGGAGCCUUCCUCUCUCCCUCCUCCUGACCCUUGGCUCGAGACGUCCUCCACGUCGCCGUCAGAGCCCACGCAGCCCGGGGCCUGCCGGCGGGACGGCUAUUGGUUCCUGAAGCUGCUGCAGGCCGAAACGGAGCGCUUGGAAGGCUGGUGCCGUCAGAUGGACCAGGAGACCAAAGAGAACAACCUCUCUGAAGAAGUCUUAGGAAAAGUCCUCAGUGCGGUGGGCAGUGCACAGUUACUAAUGUCACAGAAGUUCCAGCAGUUCCACGGCCUCUGUGAGCAGAACUUGAAUCCUAAUGCCAAUCCCAGACCCACAGCUCAGGACCUAGCUGGGUUUUGGGACCUCCUGCAAUUGUCCAUCGAAGACAUCAGCAUGAAAUUCGAUGAGCUGUACCACCUGAAAGCCAACAGCUGGCAGUUGGCAGAGACACCGGAGAGAAAGGAAGAGAAGAAACCACCCCCUCCAGUGCCAAAGAAGCCAGCCAAGUCCAAAACCCAACUGAACCGGGACAAAGCCUCCGAUUCGGACAAGCAGCGCCAGGAAGCUCGCAAGCGCCUCAUGGCCGCCAAGCGCGCGGCCUCCGUGCGGCAGAACUCGGCCACGGAGAGCGCCGACAGCAUCGAGAUCUACGUCCCCGAGGCGCAGACCCGCCUGUGAGCCGAGCGCAGAGGGAGCAAGGAACCGCGUGGUUUUUAUAAGUCAUUAAAAAAGGAAAAAAGGUUCUCUCGAAACUAGUGUGAUUUAUUCAGUCUAGAGACAAUGAGCCAUCUUUGAAAAGGGCUCCUGAGUUGGCUUUUUUCUCUCAGCUUUAAGUAAUGAAGAUUUUAA